AGGGUGGGGUGACCGGAAGAACGCAGCCAAUGGCAGCGGGCCGCCGCGUGACUCGCGCGGGCGGGGCCGCCCUCGCGCUCCCCGCGCGACCCCUGUGACAGCCCAUCCCCGGCCGCCCCGGGGGCCAAUGGCGGCCAACGAGGACCAGGAGAUGGAGCUGGAAGCGCUGCGUUCCAUCUACGAGGGCGACGCGUGCUUCAGGGAGCUCAGCCCCAUCUCUUUCCAGUACAGGGUAGGUGAAAGUGGAGAUCCCAAAGCGUUUCUAGUAGAAGUUUCUUGGCCAGAAACAUAUCCACAAACAGCACCAGUCAUAUCGAUGGAUGCUUUCUUCAACAACACAAUAUCAUCAGCUAUUAAACGGAGUAUAUUGGAUAAGUUAAUGGUAGAAGUUGAAGCAAAUCUUGGAACUGCUAUGACAUACACACUUUUUGAAUAUGCCAAAGAUAAUAAAGAGCUGUUAAUGGAAAAUCAGCCUGUUAGCACUGUGACUUCAGUAAGCAAUAGUAUUGCGAUUGGAACUCCUGCUGUGCCAGCAAGUAAGAAAAAAGAUAAAAAGGAGCAGUUAUCUAAAACCCAGAAACGAAAACUAGCUGAUAAAACAGAUAACAAAGGGGAGCUUCCGCGAGGAUGGAACUGGGUGGAUGUAAUUAAGCAUGUAAGUAUUUUCAAGUUAUCUAUUUUAAUGUUAAAAUUAUUUGCAAGAAAUAGUAAGAACUGUUGCUCAUUUUGGGUUAUGAUUUGCAUAUUUGUCAAAUGCUUUAAAAUGCUUAGUUCUUCUGACUAUUAAAGUCAGAAGGACUGUGAUUCCUCUUUAAAGUUUGUUGGUUUAAUAUUUCUUUUUUGUUUAUUGAGUGAUUACAUUUUAAUUUUAUGAUGAGAGCUCUUUGGCCGAAAGAGCUGCAGAUAUUGUCUCCGUAUGGCAACAGGAUGUAAAAUUAAAGUUAGUGGUGGUGGCAGGUUCUGGAGUGCCAUGGAUAAGUAAGCAGAAAAAAAGGAAAAGGGGGCACCUUGCUGUCUCCUACGUUCACCGCCAGAGCUCCUCCAGUGAAUAGUUCUUUUCUAGUUGCUCCCUCAGCGCUGAAUUCUUGUUGCUUCAGUGGAAAUCAGCAUAAUGGCUUCACAAUUAAAGCAAACUAUUUUAUUUUACACAACUACAAGUAAUUCUCAGUGUAAGACCUAGUACCCGUUCCAGUUGUGAAGUAAGAGCAAGUUAAUGAUGAUGGUGGGUUUGGGUAGAGUCCUUCUGAGUUAAAGUGGCGAUUUUGUAAUGGACAUCUUGGAUUCUAGAUAGAUUUCACGCUACUUUUAAUGGCUAGGUGUGCUACAUUUAAUAAUUAUAAACUUAGCUUUAAAAAAGAGAAAAAUAGUAAGUUAAUGUCUCUUUUUGUACCAUGUAAAUUUCAACAUAAGAAUUCUCUCAAAGCUAUGUGGAGUUAACUUUUUCCGUUACUUCAUCUUUUUUUUAUGUUGGAGAGCUGAUGAUAGAGUCUUCAAAUUAAAUAGCAACAGUACCCUAAGGUUUUUCCUUGGGGUUUGUGGUGGUGUUUUUUUUUAAAUCAACUUUCACAUCAGGAAAUAAGUUUAAUGUUUAAGCUUAAUAGUUUUUAUUUUCAUUCUCUUCGUACAGUAGCAUAAUCGGUCUGUAUUAUUAAUUAAAUAUAUGUGUCUUCUGUGUAAGAUGGAGAUAAUGUUAUUCUUGUUUCCUAAUAAAUGGAAUGGCAGUCUAAACUUUGAAUACUUUCUUUUUGUGUCUCUUUUAUAGUUAAGCAAAACUGGUUCUAAAGAUGAUGAAUAAAGGACUUUGGUACAAGGAAACUCCGCCUUUUAAUACAGUGCAAUUUUGGGUCACCAUCUUUCUCUUAAUAACUUUCAUAUUUGUUGACGUAAACAUUUUAUAAAGCUCUAUUUCCUAACUCGUAAACCUAGUCACACAAGUUUAUCUGGAGACUCUGUGGUCUUUGGGAAAAAAAAAUACAAACUUGCCUUAAAUGAAGGUUAGAAUGUGACAAGGGAUGAAGAGAGCCAAUGUGGUGAAGUGAGUAGUGCUAUAUGCAGUGUUUUUUAAUUUAUAUUUUACUCUGUAGUAAAAUCCUGUUAUAGUGAUCCCAAUAAUACUGUAAACAUUUCCUGAUGUUCUUAUUCCAGUUGAAGAAAAAAAACACUAUAACAGCGAUUGGCCACUUGACAGCAUAAUUAAAAAUAAAUUAUUCCAUGGAAACAUGACCUUUGUCCUUCAUUUAUGUAGUAUGAAUGUAGAAGGAGAACUUAGAAGUUGUUACAUUGCAAUAUAGACUAGAACUUGUGGUCCUGUUUUCACUAGUUGUUGGCUGAAAUAGUAAAUAUCAGCAAAAGCAAGGCUAGAUAUCCUAGUCACCUCAAAAAUUAGUUAUUACAGCAGGAGUAUGUCUUCUUUAUGCUCUGCAGUGUCCAUCUGUUAGCCUUUCUCCACAGGGCAUCUUUACAGAAGUUUGGAUGUCUGAGAGGAGGGGAAAGUGCUUUCUCGCACGUGUUUCAAUGAGUGGUGGGAUUUUUGAUCUCCUCUUUCAUUGGGGAAAUGGAUAUUCCUUAGAGAGGUUCCUGAGUGGUGGGAUAGUGGAAGUCAGCAUUCUGCCAAACGUGUUGGGAGAAUGUGAGUUGGUUUUUUCCUUUCUGUUCUCUUGUAUCAGAAAGAGACGUCAUCUUCACUAUAUGAAUGGUUACUGAUUACAAGAUGCCUUAAUGUCCUUUAUUAUUUUUGUUUGUUUUGAGAUGAACUUUAAUAAAUGCCUAUUUAUCUCCUGUGGUA